UUCUUCCAUGUUUGAUCGAAGUAGGCACAUUUUGUGUCACAACCGUCAUGGCGUCACUACUGAAAAUUACACGCUCUUUGCGUUUUGUACGAAAAUUUCACUGUAAACCUGAGGACACCUACCCUUUGGAUGCACCGAGACGGAACAUGCCCAAAGUGAGCAAACCGGCAGAGUACGAACUGCUGCCCGGAAUGUCGCCGAAAGUCUUCCGCGAGACGGAGUACGAUAAUCAACUUGGUCCCAUACCGAUGACGGGCGAUGCAGCGAAGAACUUUAGCUACAAAAAUCCGGAAUACUUCUCGUACCACAACUACUCGUUUUACGACAUCGGGCGGGCGAUUGGGUGUGCCUACCGUGUGCAACCGAGCGCACUGCCCCACCGCGCCAAGCGGUUCCGGUUGCCAUGGCAGAAGCAGCAGGCGGAGGAGGACUUGCUGUACGAUGCCGCGAUUCCGGUGACGCUCAGCUGUCUGUACUGCGAGAUGGAGGAAAAGUCAGCUCCAAAGCAGGAGGAAUUAAACAAAGCGGCGUCCUAGAGAAAAGAGGGGCUGCUUGCUGGUGGACGUUAAUGAGUUCAAUCUAACAAGAUUUUGCCAAGAACAGAAGAAGGUCAGAAACAAA